CUUAUCAACAACAAUUUUCUCUUCGAAAUUCUAAUAAAAUCCUCCCAACUGUCCUGACUAAACCGCCAAUAACCCCAGUGCUCGAAUUUCUCCGGCACCAGCAGAGUAUCUCCGUGAGCCACCUGAUAUAUAUAAGCAACAAAUUCAAAUGCAGAGCAUCUAACUCCAAGACAAAUUUGUGGUUUUGCUUAGCUGAGAAACCCUAGUUCAAUGGAGGAAGCAGCUGACGGAAACGAGCCCUCAGCCUUGACGCCGGAGACGAAGGUGGAGGAGACAGACGACGACGGUCCUGUUAUUGGUCCCGGACCAGCUCCUCGUGCUCGUCCCAAGAGACCCCUUCAAUUCGAGCAGGCAUAUCUUGAUUCUCUCCCAUGUGCAAACUUGUAUGAGAAAAGCUACAUGCAUCGAGAUGUGGUUACACAUGUUGUUGUGUCAGCAGCAGAUUUUUUUGUCAGUGGGAGUGCUGAUGGUCACUUAAAGUUUUGGAAGAAAAAGCCUUCUGGUGUUGAAUUUGCAAAACACUUUAGAUCUCAUCUUGGUCCAAUUGAAGGCCUUGCUGUAAGCACUGAUGGAAUGCUCUGUUGUACGAUUUCGAAUGACCGAUCUGUAAAGAUAUAUGAUGUUGUCAACUAUGACAUGAUGGCCAUGAUACACCUUACCUUUGUACCUGGUUCUGUUGAGUGGAUUUACAAACAGGGGGAUGCCAAAGCCAAAUUGGCUGUUAGUGACCGUAACUCUUCUUUUGUUCACAUAUAUGAUGCACGAGCUGGUUCAAAUGAGCCUAUCCAAUCUAGAGAGAUCCAUGUGGCCCCAGUUAAAGUCAUGAAGUACAAUCACAACUUUGAUACUGUGAUAUCUGCUGAUGAAAAAGGAAUCAUUGAAUACUGGAAUCCUAGUACACUCCAGUUUCCUGAAGAAGUUGUGAACUUUAAAUUAAAAAGUGAUACCAAUCUUUACGAAUUUGUGAAGUGCAAGACUACUAUAUCUUCCAUUGAGGUUAGCCCAGAUGGUAAGCAAUUUUCCAUUACUUCUCCUGAUCGUAGGAUCCGCGUGUUUUGGUUUAGAACUGGUAAAUUAAGACGUGUCUAUGAUGAAUCUCUUGAGGUGGCACAAGAUCUUCAAAGAAGUGAUGUACCUUUGUACCGACUGGAUGCUAUUGAUUUUGGACGAAGAAUGGCCAUAGAAAGAGAGUUUGAGAAAACUGAAAAUGUGCCACAGCCAAAUGCUGUCUUUGAUGAAAGUUCAAACUUUAUUAUAUAUGCAACACUAUUAGGAAUCAAAAUUGUAAAUAUGCAUACCAAUAAGGUUGCCCGGAUUCUUGGCAAGGUCGAGAGCAAUGAUAGAUUUUUAAGAAUUGCUUUGUAUCGAGGUGAUAGAAGCAACAAAAAAAUCAGAAAACUCCCUGUAGCAGCAAAUGCUAAUGAAAGCAAGGAGCCUUUGAUGGACCCCACACUCCUCUGCUGUGCUUUCAAGAAACAUAGGAUCUAUUUGUUCAGUCGGAGAGAGCCUGAAGAACCUGAAGAUCCAAGCAAAGGAAGAGACGUGUUUAAUGAAAAGCCUCCUCCUGAUGAACUUUUGGCUGUAUCAGACAUUGGAAAGGCUGUCACAACAUCUCUCCCAGAUAGUGUGAUCUUGCACACUACAAUGGGUGACAUUCAUAUGAAACUAUACCCUGAAGAGUGUCCGAAGACUGUGGAGAACUUCACAACACAUUGCAGGAAUGGGUAUUAUGACAAUUUGAUAUUUCAUCGGGUCAUCAGAAACUUUAUGGUACAAACUGGAGAUCCACUAGGAGAUGGCACUGGUGGGCAGUCUAUUUGGGGUAGAGAGUUUGAAGAUGAGCUUCACAAAAGUUUGAGACAUGAUAGGCCAUUCACAAUCUCAAUGGCAAAUGCUGGACCAAACACCAAUGGAUCUCAAUUUUUCAUCACUACUGUUGCCACCCCAUGGCUUGACAAUAAGCACACAGUUUUUGGCAGGGUCGUGAAAGGAAUGGAUGUUGUUCAGGCGAUAGAGAAAGUGAAGGUGGACAAAAAUGACAAGCCAUAUCAAGAUGUAAAGAUAUUAAAUGUGACUGUUCCGAAGUCCUGAAACUAGUUCUCUCAACUGCAGCAGUUUCGUAAGGGUUGGAUACUUGGAUGUUUUCCAUUGUUGCCCUUGCUGAAGUGGCGCGAAACACCUGCACGAACAUUGAGUGAAAAACACAACACGAUGAACUUUGUUGUCCCAAAAAACUUGCCUGUGCUAUUUUACGAUGAAGCUGAGAAUUCAAAGCAGAGUGAGGAAUGCCUUAAGAAGAACUAUAUGACCGCUUAAACGAUUAUGACCCUAUACUGAAAUCGACUCUCUGCUUGUUAAGUGGCACAUUAUGUUUCAGCCAAGUACUUCGUGCCCAAAUGCACUCAUUGUGGAACUUGAAUUUGAACAUUCUCCCAAGCUAACCACCCAAGACCUUAAAAAGUUCAGUAUUUAAAAUUCCAUUUUACAAAAUACAGUGCAAAUGAUAUAAAGAGUAAGCCGAG